CCGGCCCCGGGCCCUCCCCGCGCCUGUCUCUGCCCCUGCCUCCCGCUCCGAAGCCUCCCCUCCUCGUCGGGGAAGCCUAAAUGCGGGUAGAUGGCCGGGGCACAGCCGGGAGUUCACGCUCUGCAGCUCAAACCCGUCUGCGUCUCGGACCACCUGAAGAAGGGCACCAAAUUCGUCAAAUGGGAUGAUGAUUCCACCGUGGUGACCCCAAUUAUUCUGAAGACUGACCCUCAGGGAUUUUUCUUUUACUGGACGGAUCAAAAUAAGGAGACAGAGCUUUUGGAUCUCAGCCUCGUUAAGGAUGCCAGAUGUGGGAAACAUGCCAAAGCUCCUAAGGAUCCGAAAUUGCGAGAAUUGUUGGAUGUGGGGAACAUAGGACGCCUGGAACAUCGUAUGAUAACUGUAGUGUAUGGUCCAGAUUUGGUUAACAUCUCCCAUUUGAACUUAGUGGCAUUUCAAGAAGAACUAGCGAAGGAAUGGGCAGAUGAGGUCUUCAGUUUGGCAACAAAUUUGCUGGCCCAAAACAUGUCAAGGGAUGCAUUUCUGGAAAAAGCCUACACCAAACUAAAACUGCAGGUCACUCCAGAAGGGCGAAUUCCUCUCAAAAACAUCUACCGCUUGUUUUCAGCAGACCGAAAACGAGUAGAAACUGCAUUAGAAGCUUGUAGUCUUCCGUCUUCGAGGAAUGAUUCGAUACCUCAAGAAGACUUCACACCAGAAGUGUACAGAGUAUUCCUAAACAAUAUUUGCCCUCGACCAGAAAUUGACAACAUCUUUUCAGAGUUCGGUGCAAAGAGUAGACCGUACCUAACUGUGGAUCAGAUGAUGGAGUUUAUCAAUUUUAAGCAACGGGAUCCUCGGCUGAAUGAAAUCCUUUACCCACCUUUAAAGCAGGAGCAAGUCCAACAGCUGAUUGAGAAGUACGAACCCAACAAUAAUUUAGCAAAAAAAGGACAGAUAUCAGUGGAUGGAUUUAUGCGCUAUCUGAGUGGAGAAGAAAAUGGAGUGGUUCCCCCUGAGAAACUGGAUUUGAAUGAAGAUAUGUCUCAGCCACUCUCUCAUUAUUUCAUCAAUUCUUCCCACAACACCUACCUCACAGCUGGCCAGCUGGCUGGGAACUCCUCAGUAGAGAUGUAUCGCCAAGUGCUCUUGUCAGGUUGCCGUUGCGUAGAGCUGGACUGUUGGAAAGGGCGAACGGCAGAAGAGGAGCCAGUUAUCACGCAUGGAUUCACCAUGACAACGGAAAUCUCCUUUAAGGAAGUGAUAGAAGCCAUUGCUGAAUGUGCAUUUAAGACAUCACCUUACCCGAUUCUUCUCUCUUUUGAAAACCACGUGGAUUCCCCUAAACAGCAAGCCAAGAUGGCAGAAUAUUGCCGACUAAUAUUUGGUGACGCGCUGCUCAUGGAACCACUGGAAAAAUACCCACUUGAGUCUGGAGUUCCUCUUCCCAGCCCCAUGGAUUUAAUGUAUAAAAUACUGGUGAAAAAUAAAAAAAAAUCUCACAAGUCUUCCGAAGGAAGUGCGAAAAAGAAGCUUUCCGAGCAAGCAUCCAAUACGUACAGCGACACGUCCAGUGUGUUUGAACCCUCGUCUCCUGGAACGGGAGAGGCUGAUAUUGAAAGUGAUGAUGAUGACGAUGAUGAAGAUGACUGUAAAAAAUCAUCAAUGGAUGAGGGUACUGCUGGAAGCGAAGCCAUGGCCACUGAAGAAAUGUCAAACCUGGUGAACUAUAUUCAGCCAGUCAAGUUUGAAUCCUUUGAGACAUCAAAAAAGUGCAACAAGAGUUUUGAAAUGUCAUCUUUUGUGGAAACCAAAGGACUUGAACAACUUACAAAGUCUCCAGUGGAGUUUGUAGAGUAUAACAAGAUGCAGCUUAGCCGGAUUUAUCCAAAGGGAACGAGAGUAGAUUCUUCAAACUAUAUGCCUCAAGUCUUCUGGAAUGCUGGUUGUCAAAUGGUGGCUCUUAACUUUCAAACUGUAGAUCUGGCUAUGCAAAUCAACAUGGGGAUGUAUGAAUAUAAUGGAAAAAGUGGGUAUAGACUAAAGCCAGAGUUCAUGAGAAGACCAGACAAGCAUUUUGACCCAUUUACUGAAGGUAUCGUGGAUGGGAUAGUAGCCAACACCUUAUCUGUUAAGAUAAUUUCUGGCCAGUUUCUUUCUGAUAAGAAAGUCGGGACUUACGUAGAAGUAGAUAUGUUUGGUUUGCCCGUGGACACCAGGCGCAAAGCGUUUAAGACCAAGACAUCUCAAGGAAAUGCUGUGAAUCCUGUCUGGGAAGAAGAACCAAUUGUUUUCAAGAAGGUGGUCCUUCCUUCUCUGGCGUGCUUAAGGAUAGCCGUUUAUGAAGAAGGAGGUAAAUUUAUAGGCCACCGGUUACUGCCCGUCCAAGCAAUUCGACCAGGUUAUCACUACAUCUGUCUGAGGAAUGAAAGAAAUCAACCUUUGAUGCUCCCAGCUGUUUUUGUAUACAUAGAAGUUAAAGACUAUGUCCCAGAUACUUAUGCAGAUGUUAUUGAAGCAUUAUCCAAUCCAAUCCGGUAUGUGAAUUUGAUGGAGCAGAGAGCUAAACAGCUGGCAGCACUCACACUGGAAGAUGAAGAUGAAGUAAAGAAAGAGGCGGAACCUGGAGAAACUCCAUCGGAAACUAAUAAUGAGCCGAGACCAACGCCCGCAGAAAAUGGAGUCAAUCACAGCGCGUCCCUGGCACCAAAACCACCUUCACAGGUUGUCCACAGUCAGCCAACACCAGGUUCUGUAAAAGCACCUGCAAAAUCAGAAGAUCUUAUUCAGAGUGUCCUUACAGAAGUGGAAGCGCAAACUAUUGAGGAACUGAAACAACAGAAGGCCUUUGUUAAACUUCAGAAGAAACACUACAAAGAAAUGAAGGACCUUGUCAAGAGGCACCAUAAGAAAACCACUGAUCUUAUCAAAGAGCACACUACAAAGUAUAAUGAAAUCCAGAAUGAUUACUUGAGGCGCAGAGCCGUCUUGGAAAAAACAGCAAAAAGAGAUAGCAAGAAAAAAUCUGAAGCAAGCAGUCCCGAUCAUGGUUCUUCAACAAUUGAACAAGACCUUGCUGCUCUUGAUGCAGAAAUGACCCAGAAGUUAAUAGAAUUGAAGGACAAACAGCAGCAGCAACUUCUGAAUCUCCGUCAGGAGCAGUAUUACAGUGAAAAGUACCAGAAGCGAGAACAUAUUAAGCUUCUGAUUCAGAAGCUAACAGAUGUGGCAGAGGAGUGCCAGAGCAAUCAGUUAAAAAAGCUAAAAGAGAUUUGUGAAAAAGAAAAGAAAGAAUUAAAGAAAAAAAUGGAUAAGAAGAGACAGGAGAAGAUAACUGAAGCCAAAUCAAAAGACAAAAGUCAAAUGGAGGAGGAGAAGACUGAAAUGAUCCGGUCAUAUAUUCAAGAAGUGGUGCAAUAUAUUAAGAGAUUAGAAGAUGCACAAAGUAAACGGCACGAGAAACUCUUAGAGAAACACAAGGAGAUCCGUCAGCAAAUACUGGACGAAAAACCUAAGUUGCAGGUUGAACUUGAUCAAGAAUACCAAGAUAAAUUCAAAAGACUCCCCCUGGAAAUUCUGGAGUUUGUUCAGGAAGCGAUGAAAGGAAAGAUCAGUGAAGAUGGAGAGCAGAUUUCUGCCCCUCCCUCUCUGGCCACAGACAGUGGAAAACUGAACCAUAAGCCUCCACAAAACGAGGAGGGAUUGGAAGAAGACAAUCAUGAAAAAGUGUUUGAUACGCCCCUCUAACUCUUCCUGCAAGGCCAAAGGCAAGCUUGCUGAUCACUCAGUCUUUUUUUUUCUCUCGUUGUGAGCGAAACUGCUGGUGAAUAGCUUCUGGUUACAGGAAGCAUCCGUUUCUCCAUCUACACUUUUAAAGGGAGCAUUUUUGUACAGGUGCUGUGAGGAGGUUUUCAUUCCCAGUCUUCAUUUUAUUAUGCUGAAGCUUCGUGCAGGAGUAACAGAGAAAUUAAUAAGUAUCCUGGCUUUUUUGCUUUCCGUUGGCUACUUCCAAAUGGGCCACUUGUGGGCCGUGUGCACUGCUCGGAAUGUGUAAUGAAGACCCGUGGCUUGUUCGAAGAUAACCCGUGCACAGAUUUCCGUUUGAAGUGCCAGUGUGAUGUGUUCCAAGCUAAUGCAAAUAGAGUCAGAAUUGUACAUCACUAUUUAACAACCGUUUGUGAUUCCUACUUUUAACUGCACCUCAACCUCUGUGUUGUCAUUUUUAUUUUUUUUUUGCAUUAAAUGGUUUGACCCUUUGCUUAGCAAGCACUGGUGGCUUGCUCUUUCGAUAGGAUGUUAAUUCAUAGGGAUUGAAAUCUUAUUUGCUGCUGAAAAUGUCUUUAGUUGGAUCUGUGGUGUUUGAAGUCUUUACCUAGCGAUUACCCCAAACUCGUGUGUGAUAUACAUGAUAUACAUGUAUAUGAUAUAUAUACAUAUAUAUAUAUAUAUUAUUCAUACGUAUCCCCACUCAUCCUUGGAAGUAUGUAUUUAUAAACACCGAUAUAUAGGAGUGUAUAUAGCUGUUAUUACACAUAUAUGUGUGUGUGUUUAUAAAUUGGCAGUGAGCCCACUCUUUCCCAUAAGACGACUUUCAGAUAUGAUGAAAAAUGCAGAUUUUAAUAUCUAAAUUAUGUUCAUGUAAAAUUAUAGUAAAAUUCACAGAAAAAAAUUGCUGGAGCUGCCAUUGCAAAUUAAAAUAGUUUUUAAAGAAAAAUGUGAUAUUUGGCAGGCUUAGAAUGUUGACUUUAUCAACUUCUAGGCUAGUGGCAAUUGCUAGAUUUACACAGAAAAUGUAUACAGCAUUGGAAGUUUAUCGAUGUAUUCUGACUUUUUUAAGGUUGACAGAUUGUUUUACUAAGGUUUGAAGCGUAAAAAUAAUAUAAAAAUUAAUUGCAUUUGAUAUGUACAUUAAAUAAUUUAACUACGUCUUGACAUUAAGAAUAACUGGUGUGUGGUCUAUAAGAGGCAUAAAGGAAAUAUACUGUGUGAUUCCCUUAAAAUGAUUUUAAAAAGACAUUCUAUAGCAGUAUUUCUUAAAAGAUACGUGUUAUCUUCAGAAUUCACCCAUUUAAGAGAACUCUGAAGGUAAAAUUUUCCAUUUCAAGAUGAUCACAUUGUAUUUUUAUUUAGAAAAUAAAAUUAAUUGUCUUUUAUAGCAGCAUAGCAAAGCAUUUUAUUAUACAGUGGCAUUUAAGUUCCUUCACAUUUUUCCUCAGGAGUUUAAUAUUUUUAAUAACUUAUUUUAUUUAAAUUUAAGCAAUAACUAAAUAUCACGAUUAUGCUUCAGUCAAAAUCAAAGUAAUUUCAAACCUUGGAAAACAGCAUUUAAUUAAAAAAAAAAAGAUAUUUCACAAGAUACAAGGGGCAAGUCAUACUCAUUUAGAUGCUACCACCUUGGUUAAAAUUGUUUCGAUUUUCAUUUUGACUACUGGAAAAUCAACUUUCAGUUAGAAAACUGAAUACUUUGUAGUUUACUCUGUUUUGAAUUUAGAAGAUAAUAUCAUUAAUUAUAAAAAAAAAGAAUGGUCAAAAUAGAAUGCUGCAUUUUUUUUAACAAAAUUACAAAUGAUACAAAUUAUAGAAAAACUAAGAAUAACCAAAUCCAUACUCUUGCAUCACAAUGGAGACGAUUAUACUCUAGCCCGCAAAUUGUCUAGGGCAAGUACAGAAUAACCUUUUAUUUAUACAAAAUGGAUAUUAGUUGGAUUUCAGUAUAUUCUCAGCUGUAGCCAUUUUAAAUACGUUUGUAUUUGACCAUUAACUGUACCCACAUUUUUUAUAUCUGUACAGUGAUACUUUUAUGCAGUUGUAUGGUAGCGUGUAAUACUCUUCAUCUUGCAUUGUUCAAACUAUUCCAGUGAUUCAGAUAGCAUUUAUUAAUAUUCAUAUUACUUGAAAUAGACUUUAAAAAAGAAAAAAGAAUCUUUAUGAUGUGCAGUCUUGUGCCUUUAUGUAUUUGCCUUCUGUGUUGAAUGUGUGAUAUGCUGUACAGUGGACGUUCCUGUCAUAGACAAUAGAACUCGAUAUUAAUCUAGAGUGUGCACUUCAGAUAUCUUUACACUACUGAAAAUAGCUUAGUUUGGGCCGUAUAAACUGAAUUUUAAAAGUUCUAAAUGCCGGACAUUUUGGAUUUAACCUUUUCAUUAUUGCUGUAUGUUAAUUAAUACACUUGUAUUAGUUAAGCCAUCAUUGAAUGAUUCCUCAAGGGAUAUUGCUUGCAUUUCUUUGAAAUUACUGUUGCUCUUGGACAUUGUAUGAAUAUUGUCUGUGAUGAUUGGACUUUGUGAUUUUUGCCUUUGAAGAAAAAGAUAGGUCAAACUAUUUGAGCUUUUUAAAUGUACAUAUUUUGGUUUCUCAAUCUCAAAUUGUUUCCAAUGCAUAAUUCACAUUUUUGUAAGAAUUCUAUGCAAUUUUGUGGCAUGAUGUUUCUUCCACUUGUACUUUUAUGUGCUUUCAUCACAGACCCCAAGGACAAAAUAAAAAUUUCUUAACCAGAA